AGCACUCUGUGCAAAUCUGACGGCUGAGGGCUACAACUAUAUUCCGCUGGGCCGUGUUCGGAUUUCAGUCUUAAUAGAAUCUCUGGGCGAGCACAGUGAGAGCGCGUGCCGCAAUGAAUUUUGAUAAAAUUCUGGAAAAAUGCGGCGAUGCGGGACGCUAUCAGUAUCUCAUGCUGCUGCUACUGGGCUACAUAGCAUUCACCAGCACAGUGCACUACUACUCCCAGAACAUAAUUGGGUUUGUGCCCCAGCAUUGGUGCUAUCACGAAGAGCUGGCGAAUCGCAGUCACGAGGAGAUCGCCGCCAUUUAUGCGCCCUUUGGCAACAAGGCUGCGUGCACGCGCCUCGACAAGAUCGAGGUCCAUGAAGGCAUCUACAAUGUGACCGCGAGCAGUCAGAGCUGUGAGCGCUGGAUAUACAAAUAUGACUAUGGAUUUCGCAGCAUGAAUGCUGAGCUUAAUUGGGUCUGCGAUGAUGCGUACAAGGCGCGCAUUGGACAGUCCCUCUUCUUCUUGGGGUCACUCUUGGGCACCUUUGCCUUUGGCAUGCUGGGCGAUCGGAUUGGACGCGUGCGUGCCGUCAUCUUGGCCAAUCAGUGUGGCUUUGUGGGUGACUUUCUGACCACGUAUGCCACGAAUCUGACACAAUUCAGCGCUUUUCGCUGCAUCUCUGGUCUGGCUGCAACAGCAAACUAUUAUCUGAUGUUUAUUCUAGUGCUGGAGUUUCUUGCGCCAAAGCUUAGGAAUUUGGCUAUUAGCGGAACACUCGGUCUGUGCUUCUGCCUGGGCGCGCUCGUCGCCCCUUGGUUAUCAGUUUUAGCCGGCAACUGGCGCAUCUAUUUGACGUUCUCAGCGCUGCUACAGCUCGUCGUGGCGCUCUUCUAUUUUGUGGUUCAGGAGAGCGCACAGUGGUUGAUCACGCGCAACAAUGUCGAGGGCGCCAUUGCCAGAUUGAAGCUCAUUGCCCAUUUCAAUGGUCGCCAAGUGCCCUCCGCUGACUUUGAGGCAUUUCGCCAGCAUUGCACCGCCAAGCGCAAGCAUGAGAGUCAACAGCAGAAGGCCAAACUCUUCGACCUGAUGCGCACCCCGCGCCUGCGCAAGACUGCGCUUAUUGUCAUCUUUACCUUCAUGCUGAUAUCCCUGAGCUUCAACACCAUCUCAAGAAAUGUGGAGGGUCUGGGCUUGUCGCCAUUUGUGGUUUUCUCGCUAUUUGCCGUGGUGGUGCCACCCUCAGGCCUGUUGCAGGGUGUCUUGCAGAGCCGCUUGGGUCGUAAGGCCACCUGCUUUGUGGCCUUGUUUUGCACAAGCCUGCUGGCUUGUGCCUUGGGCGUUUGCCUGACCUUCGAAAGCGUCCAGUUAAAUGCCACCCUGCUGCUGGCCUUUGCGAUGCCCACAAGACUGGGCAUCUCGAUAUGCUAUACGACCUUCUCGCAGUACUCGUCCGAGCUAUUGCCCACGUGUGUGCGCUCCCGUGGAAUAGCCACGGCCCACUUGGCCGCUGCAGCUGCCUCAGUUACCUCACCUUAUCUAAUACAUCUGGGCACCAAAUUUGCCGCGGGCCCAUCGUUCAUUCUGACUGCAUUGCUACUGACUGCGGCGCUGUCCACGCUGCUCCUGCCGGAAACGAACAAUAGGCAACUACCCAUUACGCUGGAGGAUGGCGAAGCCUUUGGCAAGGGCGAGUCUAUGCUGUCCUUCGAUUGCUUGCGAGCACGGGACGAUGAUGUGCUGAAGCAACCCGCUGAGGAGCUUAAGCUAAACGCACUUAAUGGUGCGCGUCGAAAUACUUCACAGGAAACGGAAGCGGAAGGUGCACCGGAAGCGGAUGGCGAAGCGUAAACUAGCCCACUGGCUCGCCUGUACAUAUACAUAGCAGAUAUAUUUUAAAUGCCAAAGUAUUAUAGAUCAAACACACAGACAUUUUAGUUCCGAAAGUUGUCAGUAGAUGAGAAAUUUAUUUGAUUGAUUUUGGGUCACAGUAUUCAACAUAAUAUUAAUUUAUAUAUAUUCAUAUACAUGUAUAUAUCUGUAUAGAUUUGUAUGUAUUUGUAAACUCUGUAAUCCUCUCGUGAUUGCUUACAUAAGUAUAAGUAAAGUGUACAUAGGGCAUGUACUCGUAAAAGGGUAUGUAAACAUUUGCAUUUAACUUCAAGUAUGCCAUAAAUCUAACGGCUUCAAUUUUAAAGA